GAUCAACUGGAUAAUGAGCUUGAUGCACAUAUUAUAGAUCCUGAAAUCAUUGAUGAAGUAGAAAACUCAAUAGGAAAAGGAGCAACACGUUCUAUUAAAGAUGUGUUAAACUUUAUUAUACCUUCAAUGAUUGAAAAAGGUAAACUUAGUUAUUCAGAAUCGACACUUCAUAUUCGUAUUUCUG